AUGUCGACCCCGACUGUGGUUAAUGUGAGUGGGGCUGGGCAGUACCAGGGCCCCCUGGAGAAGGCCCUGUUCUCCACUCUGACCACGCUGCCCUGCUGCGUCUUCCUCUGCAUCAAUGGCACGAUGCUGUUCACCCUGCGCAGCAAGCGCCUGUUCUGUGAGACCUGCCGAUACGUCCUGCUCUUCAACCUGCUUCUAGCAGACACCGCUCAGAUGGCCCUGAGCCAGUUGCUCUACCUUUUGGCUGUUUGCGGGCAGACGCUGUCCUAUCCGGCCUGUGGGGCUCUGACCUCCCUGGCUAACCUCACCACUGUAAUCUCCCCGCUCACGCUGGUGCUGAUGGCCCUGGAGAGGUAUGUGGCGGUUUGCUGGCCGCUGAGGCACCCUGCAAUCGUCACCAUGGGGAACACGGCUCAGGCUGUGCUGCUGGCCUGGGCCUUCAGCACGCUCAACAUCCUCAUCAGAGGACUCCUGCUGUUAGAGUUCCCUUUCCAGGACCUGCCAGAUUUGCAAAUGAGAGGAUUUUGCUCCUACAUGGCCAUGCUGCUUGGUCCUGUCUCUGACCAGUAUGACAAAGCUUUCACUAGCUUUUUGUUUGCCUCCUCUGGUCUGGCAGUAGUUUUUACCUAUGUGGGUGUCAUCAUAGCCGCAAACUCGGCGUCCACAGACAAAGCAAAAGCCUGCAAAGCCCGCAACACGGUGCUGCUGCACCUUUUUCAGCUGGGCCUCAGUCUCUCCUCCACCAUUUACAACCCGCUGCUCGGAGCUCUCGCUAGGGUCCUACCCAGACUAGUGUUCAUGCGCAUCCAGAAUGUUUUAUAUGUCUGUAUUUUCAUCUUCCCUAGAUGUCUGAGCUCUCUCAUUUAUGGCAUCCGAGAUAAGAGCAUCAGGCCCGUCCUCCUGUACAAUCUGUGCUGCCACCUAAAACUCUCCCAUAAACCAGCUGUAGUUUUUACCUAUGUGGGUGUCAUCGUAGCAGCCCACUCGGCAUCCACAGACAAAGCAAAAGCCUGCAAGGCUCGUAACACAGUGCUGCUGCACCUGUUUCAGCUGGGCCUCAGUCUCUCCUCCACCAUUUACAACCCGCUGCUUGGAGCUUUCGCUAAGGUCCUACCCUGUAUUUUCAUCUGCCCCAGAUGUCUGAGCUCUCUCAUUUAUGGCAUCCGAGAUCAGAGCAUCAGGCCCGUCCUCCAGGACAAUCUGUGCUGCCACUUAAAACUCUCCCUUAAACCAGCUGACAUGUCUAAUGAGUCCAACUUCAACAUGACUGUUGGCUUUAAUGACCGGGAGCUGCUGAGGACCAUUAUCAUCUCCACUUUAUCCAUAGUUCCAUCUUGUGUGUUUCUGGUCAUUAAUGGGACAAUGCUGUUCGUUUUGAGGAGCAAGCUGGUGUUUCGGGAAACCUGCCGCUACAUACUGCUGUACAACCUCCUGCUGGCCGACACGCUGCAGCUGGCCCAGAGCCAGCUGCUGUUCCUGCUGUCAGUGUGCAGGGAACUGGAGCGUUUGCAGGUGAGGGAUCUCUGUUCCAACAUAGCGCUGGUGUCCAGCUCUCUGACCGACAGCUAUGACAAAGCCUACACCUGUGUCCUGUUUGUGAGCGCCGCCCUGGCAGCUGUUUCGUCCUACAUCGGCGUAAUAAUGGCAGCCAGGUCAGCCUCCACAGACAAAGCUUUGGCCCACAGGGCUCGAACCACACUGCUGCUUCACCUGGUGCAGCUGGGCCUCAGCCUGUCCUCCACUGUCUACCUUCCACUGGUCACCGCUCUGUCCAGAGUCUCCACCAAGACGGCGUUCCUUAAUUUUACCAAUGUGGGUGUCAUCGUAGCCGCCUGCUUGGCGUCAACAGACAAAGCAAAAGCCUGCAAGGCUCGCAUGACAGUGCAGCUGCACCUGUUUCAGCUGGGCCUCAGUCGUUCCUCCACCAUUUACAACCCACUGCUCGGAGCUAUCACUAAGGAAGACAGCAUCACUUCUCAGCCCUCCUUGUUGGCCCUGAUGGGUCAUGUGAUCAAGAUGAGAGGACGGCGUUCCCACUUUUCCUUGAAAACUAUCAAACCAAGCAGAGCUGCAUGUCUAAAACUCAGAUUGGAGUCUUGCUCCAAGCUGGGAACACACACUUCAUCCUUCACAGACAUGUCUAAUGAGUCCAACUUCAACAUGACUGGUGGCUUUGCUGACCAGGGGCUACUGAGGACCAUUAUCAUCUCCACUGUAUCCACAGUUCCAUCUUUUGUGUUUCUGGUCAUUAAUGGGACAAUGCUGUUCGUUUUGAGGAGCAAGCUGGUGUUUCGGGACACCUGCCGCUACAUACUGCUGUACAACCUCCUGCUGGCCGACACGCUGCAGCUGGCCCAGAGCCAGCUGCUGUUCCUUCUGUCAGUGUGCAGGGAACUGGAGCGUUUGCAGGUGAGGGAUCUCUGCUCCAACAUUGCGCUGGUGCUCGGCUCUCUGGCCGACGGCUAUGACAAAGCCUACACCUGUGUCCUGUUUGUGAGCGCCGCCCUGGCAGCUGUUUCGUCCUACAUCGGCGUCAUAAUGGCAGCCAGGUCAGCCUCCACAGACAAAGCUUUGGCCCACAGGGCUCGAACCACACUGCUGCUUCACCUGGUGCAGCUGGGCCUCAGCCUGUCCUCCCACUGCUCACUGCUCUGUCUAGAGUCUCCACCAGGACGGCGUUACUGUGGGUUCAGAAUGUGUUCUAUAUGUCUGAGCUCUCUGGUCUAUGGACUGCGAGAUCAGACCAUCAGACCAGUCCUGCCUCAGAACAGCACAGCUGUUGGACUGGUGUUUUUAGAGAGAGUGAUGUACACCACUCUGACCACAACCCCAUGCUGUGUGUUCCUCUUCAUUAAUGGGACCAUGUUGUACACUCUGAGGAGCAAACCGGUGUUCAGGGAAACCUGCCGCUACGUUCUCCUGGUUUUCAUGUCAUAUCCUCUGUGUGGCGUUCUCUACAUGCUUGCUAAUCUGGCCAAUGAAAUCUCUCCUCUGGUGUUAGUGGUGAUGUCUUUGGAGAGAUGUGUGGCAGUGUGCUACCCUCUGAGGCACGCUGCCAUCGUCACCAUCAGAAACACAGCAGUGGCCGUUAUGCUGGUUUGGGCCAUCUGCUUACUAAAUGUCCUCAUUCGAGUGAUUUUACUGCUAGAAUAUCCCUUUGAGGAGCUGGAAACUCUGCAGAUGAACACUUUCUGUAACACUGUUGCCAUGUUUCUCACACCCCUUUAUUAUGACUACGACAGAUCUUACACUUAUUUUCUGUUUAUUUCUGCUGCUCUAGCCAUCAGCUCCACCUAUGUUGUUGUAAUUCUAGCAGCCAGGUCGGCCUCCUCGGACAAAGCUUCAGUUCUUAAGGCUCGUAACACUCUGCUGAUGCAUCUCCUGCAGCUGGGCCUCAGCAUCUCUUCAACUCUGCACAACCCACUGCUGUAUGCCAUCUCAAGGCUUGUUGUGCUGGGUGUGCUCCUGCGCAUACAGAAUUUCUUAUAUGUGUCCUUAAUCAUGCUUCCCAGGUGUCUGAGUGCACUCAUCUAUGGCCUCAGAGAUCAGACCAUCAGACCAGCCCUCAUUUACAAUCUGUGCUGUCGGAUUAAGCUUUCAGGAGUCUCCUUAAAGUCAAAGAUCUCCCCUUAA